CCGCCGGCUCCCGCCGCCCGGGCCCGGCCGGCCGCGCCGGGGGCCGCCGCGCUCGCCUGCCCCCCGCCGGGGCCGCCGCAGACAUGGACACCAAGCAUUUCCUGCCGCUCGACUUCUCCACCCAGGUGAACUCCUCCUCCCUCAACUCCCCCACGGGGCGCGGCUCCAUGGCGGCCCCCUCGCUGCAUCCCUCCCUGGGGCCCGGCCUGGGCUCCUCGCUCGGCUCCCCGGGGCAGCUGCACUCGCCCAUCAGCUCCCUGAGCUCCCCCAUCAACGGCAUGGGCCCGCCCUUCUCCGUCAUCAGCUCCCCCAUGGGCCCGCACUCCAUGUCCGUGCCCACCACGCCCACCCUGGGCUUCGGCACCGGCAGCCCCCAGCUCAACGCGCCCAUGAACCCGGUCAGCAGCAGCGAGGACAUCAAGCCCCCGCUGGGCCUCAACGGGGUCCUCAAAGUCCCGGCCCACCCCUCAGGGAACAUGGCGUCCUUCACCAAGCACAUCUGUGCCAUCUGCGGGGACCGGUCUUCAGGCAAGCACUACGGGGUGUACAGCUGCGAGGGCUGCAAGGGCUUCUUCAAGCGGACGGUGCGCAAGGACCUGACCUACAGCUGCCGGGACAACAAGGACUGCCUGAUCGACAAGCGGCAGCGGAACCGCUGCCAGUACUGCCGCUACCAGAAGUGCCUGGCCAUGGGCAUGAAGCGCGAAGCUGUGCAGGAGGAGCGGCAGCGGGGCAAGGACCGGGGCGAGAGCGAGGUGGAGUCCACCAGCAGCGCCAGCGAGGACAUGCCGGUGGAGAAGAUCCUGGAGGCCGAGCUGGCGGUCGAGCCCAAGACCGAGACGUACGUGGAGGCGAACGUGGGGCUGAACCCCAGCUCGCCCAACGACCCCGUCACCAACAUCUGCCAGGCGGCCGACAAGCAACUCUUCACCCUGGUGGAGUGGGCCAAGCGGAUCCCGCGCUUCUCCGAGCUGCCCCUGGACGACCAGGUCAUCCUGCUGCGGGCGGGCUGGAACGAGCUGCUCAUCGCCUCCUUCUCCCACCGCUCCAUAGCCGUGAAGGACGGCAUCCUCCUGGCCACCGGACUGCACGUGCACCGCAACAGCGCCCACAGCGCGGGGGUGGGCGCCAUCUUUGACAGGGUGCUGACGGAGCUGGUGUCCAAGAUGCGGGACAUGCAGAUGGACAAGACAGAGCUGGGCUGCCUGCGCGCCAUCGUUCUCUUCAACCCCGACUCCAAGGGGCUGUCAAACCCGGCGGAGGUGGAGGCGCUUCGCGAGAAGGUCUACGCGUCCCUGGAGGCGUACUGCAAACACAAGUACCCCGAGCAGCCAGGAAGGUUUGCCAAGCUGCUUCUGCGCCUGCCUGCCCUGCGCUCCAUCGGCCUCAAGUGCCUGGAACACCUCUUCUUCUUCAAACUCAUCGGGGACACGCCCAUCGACACCUUCCUCAUGGAGAUGCUGGAAGCCCCGCACCAGAUGACGUAGGCCCGUGGCCG